GUUUGCUCGCAGCGCACGGCAGCAGGACGAGAAGCACGCAUGGCUGUUCCGGCAGCAGCCCGGCGCUGGGUGCAGCAGGGCUCGGGGUACGCGCGCGCGUGAUCGGCUCGGGUGCGCGCACUGCUACCCGUCGGUGCGCACGGGCGGCCGCUGCCCGGCGGUCCGGGCAUGGAGCGGCUGCGGGCCGACGCGGCGGCGUUGGAGGAGUACUUGGAGUACCGGCGAAUUGUAGGUGAUGAUGACAGAGGAAAGCCUUUUACCCCUGAGGAAUACGAGGAGUACAAAAGAAAGGUGCUACCCAUCCGGCUGCAGAACCGGCUGUAUGUCAGCUGGAGAUCCCCCAUGGGCAUGGACUGCAAGCUGGUGGGACCAGAGACGCUGUGCUUCUGCACUCACCGAUAUAAACAACACAAAACGGACUACGAAGUGAUUCCCAAAGACCGUCCCAUCCGCGUGCCGUGCAGAGUGAGCCGCUGCCCGUGCCAGUCCUACCACUACGUUCCUCUCAAUGGCACGCAGCCCAUCCGCUGUAGGUGCAAACACUUUGCUGAUCAGCACAGUGCAGCUCCUGGAUUUUCCUGCAAUUCAUGUUCCGCGUGUUCAGGAUUUCACAGUUGCUUUACCUGUGGUUGUGGUCAGCCAACAUACGCACAUGAAACAGUAGUGGAAACUAAACAGGAGCGGUUAGCCCAAGGAAAGCCAGUGGGGCAGGACGUUCCCUAUGCUGCUAUGGGAGGACUGACCGGUUUCAGUUCGCUGGCAGAAGGCUACAUGAGACUUGAUGACAGUGGAAUAGGGACUCUUUCAGCUGAGUUUUUAGAAUCCCCUGUAACCAGCAUGGAUCAUCCAUUUCUAAAGGCAUUUCAGGGACCUUCUAGCUCUGCUCAGACCAUCUCACAGAUAGCAGGUGGUUCUAGUGCCACAACACAAGUUUCUAAUGAAAGGCGUUCAGAAGAAGAUGACAUGGCUUAUUUUGAAAAACGUUAUCAGGAGCGGCUGAGAAAGGAGAAGGCUGCUAAAGGAAAAGAGAAAGGUCCGGUGCCAUCAAAGAAGCCAUGAGAUUAAUGAAUAAACAUUACGUACAUGGUUAAUCAUUUAUUACUUGUUGAUUACAUGUUAAUUACAUAUUAAUUGUUUAUUAUUGAAGAAUAUUUUGUCACUGCACCUCGUUGUUUACUUCUUUCUUCACUUUGUUCUGUUCUUUGGCUGAAAUUAAUUUUUAAUUAUCUUGUAAUAAAUUUACUACUUUAAUCCAAGUAUUUCUAAUUGCUCAAAUUGUUAUAUAAGCACUCUUUUGAGAAUGGAAAAUAAUAUUUAGAGAUUUACAGAACUGUUCUUUAAGGUCUGAAAGAAUAAGCAUGUUUUUAAGUAUUACACUGCAGCAAGGCAAAGAAAGUAUUAUACAUCCUAUUCUUAGACUUCUAUGAUGCACUUUAUUUGUAGAAUCGUUAGAACUCAUCUUGUUCAUGGAUUUGUACUUGGCAGUGUUUGUUCUAUUAACGUUGACAUUUUAAUCUUUAAAUCGUUUAUUUUUCUUUCUGUUGGUUUUGUCUCCAUUGCAUAAAAUUCAAACAUACCUUUUGUCUCACUCUUCUCUAGGCUCUGUGCUUCCAGUGUAUCGUUGUUAUGUGUGAAAUUCCAUAUGCUUGUAACCCCAUUUCCAUGUAUUCUUACUGGCUAGCUGAAGGGAUCCUCCUGUCUGCAUAACAGUGACUGUUACACUGAACUUUUGACAACAUUAAGUGGAAGUGAAUAUGCUAUUUACUGCACAUAAAUAAUUAUAUAUCGCUUGAUAUAAAGUUCUUAAUCCAACGGAUUCUCUUUCAUCAUAUCUAAAGCAACAGAGUCCCUCAGGAUAGGAGAUGUCCUUUUGUUUCGUUUGCGCACAUGCACAGCUGUGGUAGCAUAUGUUGUACUAAAGGUUGUGGACAUUUGUGUGAAAACUUAAAACUUGGUAAGGCUGCGUGGUGCUUUAGGUCUGUUAAGCAGCUUGGUGCUGAAUACCUGGCUGAGGCUGCAGAAUGGUUGGAAUUAGGGAGGCAAAAACAGUGCCUGAGUUAACUUUGUAGGCUCCCCUGAAAACAGAGAUUAAGUUGGUUUGUCCUUAAAAGUACUUGAACCAUCUCCUGGACUGAAGGUUUUCAGGUGGUGUGUGUCUACUGAGACUUUACAGCAAGAGCUGGGAGAAGCUUUAAAAGCUUAGAUUCCUGUAAGAGAGGUGAAUCCACUGUGAUGCUUGUAUGUGCCAUACUGGCAGAGGAAAUCAGCUGAGGUGGAAUGCAUUUAGGCAACUUGCUCUUUUCUUCAAAUAGCAGCUGUGCAAAAAAGGAAGGCUCUUGGGAGUGCAUGUGAGUCAUACAGUGACUGAUGGAGGAGGCUGGAUCUGAGUGCAAAGAGAAUAAAGGCUUGAUUGCCCAAAUUCAAGCAGGAGUAGUGACCAUUCACCUUUACUUAACAGUAUGCUGUGUUGCCGUUACCAGUGACACUAAUCAGAGAGGUUAAUCUAUUACCUUAGUUUAAAUGCAUAAUAUAUUGAAAUACAUACUGAACGUUUAAAAAGUUUCUUUACCUUUAAAUUCUACACUGUUACACACAGUUUUAUCUUAAUAAAUAAAAAUACUAAUUUGAGCUCCC